CUUCACAGUCACUCAUUCCUUCUUUCAUGGAGCUCUUGAUGAUGGCCGCUUUGGUUCUUGCGAUUCCAUUAAUAAUGUCCUGCCUCGUCAAGCUGGUGGAUCAAUGGAAAAACCAAAGCAGCUGCUACAUACUCCACUACGAGUGCUUCAAGCCCUCCGACGAUAGGAAGUUUGACACAGAAAUUGCCGACAAAUACAUAAUGCGAAACAAGAACCUGGGCAUUCACGAAUUAAAGUUCUUGCUGCGAUCCAUCGUCAACUGUGGCAUUGGCGAAGAGACUUACAUACCCGAAAAAGUCAUCAUGGGUGGAGAAGAAUCUCUUUGUCUCCUCGAUGCCACCUCCGAGCUGGAUGAAUUCUUCUACGAUACCCUCGACAAACUCUUCCACAAGACUGGAGUUUCUCCGUCGGAGAUCGACAUACUCGUCGUGAAUGUAUCAAUGUUUACGACAGAACCCUCCCUGGCCGCAAGAAUAAUCAACAGAUACAAGAUGAGAGAAGACAUUAAAGUGUUUAAUCUCUCAGGGAUGGGCUGUAGUGCAAGCCUCAUCUCCAUUGACAUCGUCCAGAACGUCUUCAAGUCUUACAAGAAAGCGUUUGCUGUUGUGGUAGCGUCAGAGUCGAUCGGUCCGAACUGGUAUUCCGGCAACGACAAGUCCAUGAUGCUCGUCAAUUGUCUGUUCCGGUGUGGUGGAUGCUCAAUACUGUUAACAAACAACCCAACUCUCCGGCACCGGGCCAUGUUCCGGCUCAAGUGCCUUGUGCGAACCCACCUAGGUGCCAGCGACGAAGCCCACGAGUGUGCAGUUCAGAAGGAAGACGAACAAGGGCUACUCGGGUUUCACCUGAGCCGGAAUUUGCCCACGGCUGCCACCCGAGCUUUGUCUGAGAACCUCAGAGAGUUAGCCCCCAAGAUUCUACCACUAAAGGAGCUUCUCCGUUAUAUCAUCGUGUCAUGGCUGAUCCGACAGCCAUCCCCUCCUUUGCCUGACUCUUCCAAAAGCACAGGAGGAGGAGGAAACAAUAGAACCGGUCCGACUGUGAGAUUUAAAACCGGUGUUGACCAUUUUUGUCUACACACAGGUGGAAAAGCGGUUAUCAACGGCGUUGGGAAGAGUCUUGAGCUGACGGAGUAUGAUUUGGAGCCGGCGAGAAUGACGCUUCAUCGGUUUGGAAACACGUCGGCCAGUAGCCCGUGGUAUGUACUGGGCUACAUGGAGGCAAAGAGAAGGCUUAAGAAAGGUGAUAAGGUGCUGAUGAUAACCUUUGGUGCAGGUUUCAAGUGUAAUAGCUGUCUGUGGGAGGUAAUGAGAGAUUUGAAAGAUGAAAAUGUGUGGAGAGACUAUAUUGAUAGGUAUCCUCCAAAAGACCUAGUAAACCCUUUCAUGGUGAAGUUUAGUUGGGUCAUGGACGAGAACCCUGAAAACUUCUCUCGGGAUUGAACAAAUACAUUGUUC